AUGGUUGUCAAGAUCCGCCUCGCCCGGUUUGGGCGUCGAAACCAGCCCUUCUACAAUAUUGUCAUUGCCCAUGCUCGAACGGCUCGUAACUCCCGCCCGCUCGAAGUCAUCGGCACAUACGACCCGAUUCCCAAGCCCGACCCCUAUGAUAACUCUGGGAAACUCCACAAAGAUAUCAAGCUCGAUAGCCAGCGCGCGAAGUAUUGGAUCGGUGUUGGUGCACAGCCCACAGACACGGCGUGGAGAUUACUCUCCAUGGUGGGCAUUUUACCAAAGAAGCAGUUCGGUCCCAAGGAAGAUACGGCGAAGGGCGUUGUGGACCAAGAGAAGGUUAGAAUUCGUUAA